GCGACCCCUAUACGUGGCACGAACCACGAAUCUUUUCUGUCUUGUGUCCGCCAUCUUUGUUCGGUGUUGUACAUCAGUGGCGUAACAAAUAAAGUGACUAGGAUAAUCUUUCUAGUGUCUGGGUAAGGAUAAAUAACACAGUUCAAGAUGGGGAAUAUGUUUGCAAACCUCUUCAAAGGCCUCUUCGGCAAGAAGGAAAUGAGGAUAUUGAUGGUGGGGUUGGAUGCCGCUGGUAAAACAACAAUCCUAUACAAAUUGAAACUAGGAGAAAUUGUUACGACAAUUCCUACUAUUGGAUUUAACGUGGAGACUGUAGAAUACAAGAACAUUAGCUUUACAGUAUGGGAUGUUGGUGGUCAGGACAAAAUUAGGCCGUUAUGGCGGCACUAUUUCCAAAACACACAGGGUCUGAUCUUUGUAGUUGAUAGCAAUGACAGGGAACGUAUCGGAGAGGCACGGGAAGAACUAAUGAGAAUGUUAGCUGAAGAUGAACUUAGGGAUGCUGUACUUCUAAUUUUUGCCAACAAGCAGGAUCUGCCAAACGCAAUGAACGCUGCAGAGAUCACAGACAAGUUGGGGCUGCACUCACUACGCAACCGCAACUGGUACAUUCAGGCUACAUGUGCAACUAGUGGAGACGGUCUGUACGAAGGCCUUGAUUGGCUGUCUAACCAACUCAAGAACGCCAGUCGUUAGUGAGCGUGUGAUUAAAUGGACAAACGAGGUCGCAAACUCGACUGUGGCGCGUCGAGCCCCCACCCUACAGAAAGAAGUAUGAGACGCGCGAUCCAGACUUUACGUUGGGUUUUUAAUUUGUUGCAUCGUGCUGUGGGGGAAAAUUCGCAGCUAAGAACAGUAAUCCGAGGGGGGCGGGGGAAUUUUUCUGCAAAGAUUUCUAAAAGAUUAUCCUAGUGUAGGACAGAAAACUUUUGAAUAAUAUAUAUAUAACAACAUUCCGGCAAAUGGUCUGAUACGCGAGUGUCGGCUGAUGUACAUUUUGUCUCUUCAACAGAAUCUUCAAUCUAAAAUUUGUUAGGAUAUAACGAAUGUUGUACAUUUUCCUUUCGCAUAUUUGUUAUUAUCGAUAUUUAAAUAUAUUGUAUGUUUUUGACGUUUAAACUUGGAAAGAGAUGUAUGUUGAGGAGACUUGUGAAAUAUAAUAACUAUGUAUUUGUGCUUGAUCAUUUUGUUCUUUUAAGUUAUUCUUAAUCCUGUGAAUUUACACCUUAGUUUUAUAUUCAUAUUUUGAUGUAUCGCUUUAGAAUAUUACUGUGUAUUAUCGUCCCUA